GGCGGGGCCUAGCGCGGCCAUGGCGGAUCUGACGGACGCGGAGCUCCGCAAGGAGCUGCUGGCGCUCGGCUAUCGCCCGGGGCCCAUCACCGCCACCACCCGCAAGGUCUACAUCAAGAAGCUGGGCUGCCUGCGGGCCGAGGUGGCGGCGGCCCGGCGCAGCGGCCGCACCGCGCCGCCCAGCCCGGGCCGCUCCUCCGCAGGGCCGCCGCAGGCCUCGCCCUCGCGGCAGCGCUCCGGCUUCACCGGCGCGGCCGCCCGUGAGAGUGACGAGGAGGACGAGGAGGAGGAAGAGGAGGAGGAAGUGGGGCGGCCGCCCGCGUCCCGUUGGGGGACGUCGGGGGACAGCGGCAGGCAGUCCUGGGGGGACCCCCGGGGGUCCCCGCCGGGCCGGGCUGGAGGCAUCAGGGUUGAGGGCGGCUUCUCCCGGGACAGCCUCGGGAGGCUGAGCCCUUCGGAGCAGUGGGGGACGACUGUGGAGAGAGGUGGCGGUGGGCUGGGGGCAUCCCUGGCCGGGCACGGGGGCUUCAGCUCCCCCUCGCAGUGGGACACGUCCAUAGAGAGGAGCGGGGGCCUGGGGGCGGACAAGGCCGGGGCGCUGAGCUCUGCGUCCCACUGGGACACAUCCAGAGAUGUCGCAGAGCACGGCCGGGGGCUCAGCCAGGGGCUGGGGACCACCCUGGAUGGGUUUCGGGGCUCCUCACUGCAGUGGGGCGCCUCAGAGAGGAGUGGGGGGCUCAGCAGUGGCGUGAGACCCACCCUGGACAGGUUCCGGGGCUCAAACUCCACGUCCCAGUGGAGCCCCUCGGCAGAGAGGAGCGGGGGGCUCGGCAGCCGGGCGGCCUCGGGGUUGGAUGGGGUUGGGGGGCUGAGCUCCACACCCUACUGGGGCUCCUCGGCGGGCUCCAAACCCCUUCCCAGUGAGGAGAAAUCCAGUAGCUAUUGGGGGACAUCGGGAGGGGGAAUUGGCUCCUCGGUAGGCUCUAAACCCCUUCCCAGCGAGGAGAAACCCAGGAGCCAUUGGGGGACAUCGGGAGGGGGAAUUGGCUCCUCGGUAGGCUCUAAACCCCUUCCCAGCGAGGAGAAAUCCAGGAGCCAUUGGGGGACAUCGGGAGGGGGAAUUGGGGCGCAGAGCUCGCGGGCUGCCUGGGACACGGCGGGCGAGAGGAGGGGGCUCUCCUCCAACAGCUGGUGGAGACAGGAGAGCGAGGUGACCCCCAGCACCCAGUGGGGCUCCUCGGCGGCCCCAGGCAGGUUCAGCAGCCUGUUCAGGAGAGGGAAGGAGGACCUGGCUCCCAGCGUUGGGAAGGAGGCAGAGCGGGAUGCGGGCAGCAGGGCUGGGGGGCUGAUCCGGCGCUUCCCGUGGCGGGCAGCCAGCGAUGGGGGGCACGGGGUGACCCCACGGACGGCGCUGCUGCGCUCAGCACCCCGGCCCCAGGCUGAGGGAAAGGGGAGAGGCCUGGAGUAUUACCUGUCCCAGUUCCUCUGCUUCGCCAGCUUGGUGCUGCUGCUGAUUUUUCUGGGCAUCCUCGUGGUGAAGAUGGCUGGGUCAGGCUGGCUGGACGGGAGAGAGGAGAGGUUUAAUCUCUUGCCUGUGGAUUGUGACAAAAGAACAGAUGAUUUCUGCCAGGCCAAGCACAAGGACGUGAUGAUGGCCAUGCUGCACGAGCUCUACAAUUACCUGUCCGUGCAGGCAGGUAAUUUUGAAUGUGGAAACCCUGAGAACCUAAAAAGCAAAUGCAUUUGGGUUAGUGAGGUGAAGGAUCACGUGCUGAAUGUAACUGGCAGUUCCUCACAGAAGUUUGAAACUGCCCUGCACUGGAUCCUGAACAGCAACAAGGAUUUGGGAAUUUGGUUGAAAGGCAGGGACCUGUCAGAGCCUGUUUCCAGUGUGGAGGAAGUGUUCUGCCUGGAAUCUGCCCAUCCCCAGAUGGGGCUGGGCUGCCGCUUCCGCCGGGCCGUGGUCACAGCCAUCGUGAACCUGUUCCUGUUCUUCUGGUGUCUGAUAACCCUUUGGGGCAUCCUGCUCUACCUCCGGUAUCGCUGGCGCAAGAUGGAGGAGGAGGAACAAGCCAUGUAUGACAUGGUGAAGAAGAUCAUAGCUGUCGUCCAGGACCACUACAAGGAAUGGGAGCGGAAUUUGGAGCGUUACCCCUACGUCGGCAUCUUCCACGUACGGGACAGCCUGAUCCCUCCUCAGAGCAGAAAGAAGAUGAAGCGGGUGUGGGAGAGAGCCGUGGAUUUCCUGGCCUCCAACGAGUCCCGGAUCCAGACAGAGUCACACAGGGUGGCAGGGGAGGACAUGCUGGUGUGGAGAUGGACUCAGCCCUCGUACCUGUCGGAUUCUGAGCACUGAGGGCAGCAGGAGGAGCAGCAGGGCGGGACAUGGACCCUGUGCAGGCCUCAGGGCCCUCGCUGGUGGUGGGAGAAGCAGGGCCUGGCCCAGGCUCUGUUUGCUCUCACUGCUGAAACUCUCCAAACACAAACAUUCAGGGCAAUACUGGCUUGGAAAGAAGAUGGGCUUGAGCUGGUGGGAAGCUGGGAUUGCACCAAAGUGAGCCUUCCACAGAGACCUGGCUCCCAUGGCAAGCAAACAACAACCUACAAAGAAUAACUGCACACCCCUCUCGAGGGCUGGGGGGCUCUGCCAGAGCCUGGGGGUGCAAAAUUUGACCUCAAUUCUGCAAAGGCCAACUGAUGGCAGAGUCCAUCAGGGAAUGUGCUGGAAGAGAACAUUUCCCAUGGAAACAUUAGGGUGGCAGUUGCAGGCGUGUCUUUGUUUGCGUUUGUUUUUAUCAGUGCAAAGACAAUGAGGAAGCACUUGCUGCUUCCCAGCAAGGAAAAUGUUUUGUGUUGGCUUCAUCCAUCCAAAAUUGGGAGAGGGGGAAUUGGGUGAAGGUGGGCCUGGAGAGAGGGGGGAGCCUGACGUGCCUUGGUGGUUUGGGCUGGGCUGGGGUGGUGGAGGAGAGUUUGUGACCCUGUUACACUUUUAAGUCUGCAGUCUGUGUGCUUUUUUAUUUUGGGGGUGUGGGGGGGAAUUUGGGUGGAAAAUAAAGGAUAUAGGAAGCUUCUAAAGGCGCUGAUGCCCAGGACUGCUCCCUGGCUGUUCCAGAGCAGCUUUGGGAGGGCUCUGAGGGCUCAGGGCUCGUGUUUGAGCUGAGCAGCUGCAGUGUCUGUGUUUGUGUCAGAGCAGGGAGGUGCCAGCUCUGGGAGCCCCCUGUGGGUCCCAGGAGCAGCCUGGCUCUGUCCCAGCCCUGCUGCAUCGUAUCUCGUGUCUGUAAUCACUUGGUUACUUCAGCUUCUCUUUCUGUCCAGUGAAGGAAUGUUUGUUUCCCAGGCAGUGGCACCAGAGUGUGGCAGUUCAGGCUCAGCAGAGGAGCUGCUGCUCUGCUCUUCCCAGGGCUCUGCAGCAGCUCCUGAGGCUGCAGGACCCAAAUCCUUUGCUGGCCUCGGGCAGGAGGAGUUGCAGAGUGAAGCCAGCAGUGAUUGGAGCCCUGUGGCCCCUGGAUGUUGCUCUCCUUGAGGACAUCUGUGGCUGGAUGCUCGGAUUGCUCCUGUCCUGGGCUCUGGGCUGGCUGAGGGCACAGCCCUGGGCAGGUGAUGCCACUGCAGGUGUGUUCCUUGUGCCUGCUCAGCUGGCACAGUCUGCACCUCUCCCCACAUCGCGGAGCUGAGCUCUCCAGGAGCAAAUCCAGGAGAUCUUUCCCAUUAAAUGGGGAAUGUCCUGCAUGGAGGGGGCUCUUACCCCAAAGUUUUGGCUGUGGGUGUUUGAGCAGGGGAGUCAACAGCUCUCCUAGGCAAGGACCAGCCCCUUGCACUGCAAUAAAUUGGGAAUAAAGGCAACUUUGAUUGUUCCCACAUGUAUAAAGAUCAUUGCUGCCAGAGAAAUUCUCUCAAACACCGGCGCCUCUGUUUUAAACCUUUUUAAACUCUUGGUGGGGUUUGGGUGAGCUUUUUUAACCGUCCAGAAGCGCAGAGUCAGGCAUUGCUGUCAUCCUUUUUGUAUUAAACCUGGCUUUGUAGAACAAACUUCAAUGGCUUGGUGCUGUUUCUAUGUUCCAUUUAGCUCUGUAAAAAAUCAAUAUCAAAAAUAAAUUUAUUACCAAUCA